AUGAGGUUAUUUGUGACAAUUAUUCUAGCCGCCGUUAUUCUCUUAGUUUUUGCUCUAGGUAUAUUUUUAUUAAUUCCUUUCCCUAUUGCUAUCUUUCAAUCUAUCGUCGAUUCUCAAGUUUACCUUCAAAAAAAAUCCGACGGCCAAUACCCCACGGGUACAUUCUACUGGUCAAAAAUCCCAGCCACUCAAAUAUGGACAUUCCAUCUUUUUAAUGUCACUAAUCCCGAUGAGGUCUUAUAUAAUGGCGCCACUCCUGCCAUGCUCGAAAUCGGACCAUAUACCUACGCCGAAACGGAAUUCAAAGACUAUAUUGAGUUCCGGAACAAUGAUAAAGAAAUUUACUACAUGAAUAAUAAGACAUGGGUUUUCGACCCAACUCGCUCUUGUGAUACUUGCUACCAAAAUGAUAGUGUUCAAUUUGGAAACACCGCCUAUAUGGUAAGACUAACAGUAUCAGCUGCCGGAACUCUUUUCGACGGCUACAAUGACCCCUUUAUCACUUUGAUUAACAGUCCGCUUACCAAGAAUCUGCUGGCGAUAUUAGGAAACCCCAUUCAACUUCCUCAAGUUCCAAUGGGUGGCUUCUUCCCACAGUACAGUCACACCUCCGAUGGAAACUAUACAAUCAGAACUGGAAAAGACAACACUGACUACACCGGGCAAAUAACAUCAUGGAAUGGAAUGACACAUUUGCCAUGGUGGAAGGAUGAAAAAAUUGCUGACGUUCGGGGAUCGUGUGACGGAACUAUUCAGAAGCCGGGAAUUCAGAAAAAAGACUCUGUCGUUCAGUUCCAAUCGUUUUUGUGCAGAAAAUAUAAUCUUCACUACCACGAGAGCAAAACAGUAAACUCCAUUCCAACUUAUGGAUUCAAAGUUGAAGAUGAUUCAUAUGACGCCAUCAAGAUGCCUGGAUAUCGCUACGGUAAUGUUGAAAAAGUGAAUUAUUUCCCAAACUGGCCAUGCGGUCCAAACCACACAAGAACUGAUAACGGAAACUGCGCUCAAAUUGAUUGCAACCAAUACGACAACUUUUGUAACACAUGUUGUGAUGGUGCACAUGUCAAUGGAACCUAUAUCAUGCCACAGGGAAUGGUACCAGCACAAUGUAUCCCGGGACAAAACAUUCCAUUGCCAUUCGGAGCGAUUCUGUCGGCACCCCACUUUUAUGGAGCACCGCAAGAGGUGACAAACGCAAUGAUUGGAAUUAGGCCAAUUCCGGAGAAACACAAUCCAGGGACCUUCUAUAUCAACCCGACAACCGGAAGUACUAUUGGGGGAACAUUCCGAAUGAUGUUGUCAAUUCCAGUGUUCAAAUCGUUAUCUUGGACAACCAUGUCAAAUGUCCCCAAUGCUCUCCUACCUGCAUUUGCUCUGGAAAUUGGAGUAGUGAUGAAAGAUUAUGCUGUCAAUUACAUUUACUUUAACACCGUAACCGUUCCAAAUAUCAUUCUCGGUGUGGGAAUUGGUCUCACAGCUGUUUCACUGAUAGCUGUGCUCAUAUGGGGCUUUUGUUAUUUCCGUACGAAACGAAAUCAGAAGCCAUUUGUCUUACAGCAACACAGAACCGAGCCAACAUGGAGUCUAGCUGAAUGA